CUAACAAUCUCAACAAAAAAAAUCACACCCUUCUCUCAUCCUUCCUUGUUGCUUAUCCAUUCUCCUCUCUCAAACUUCCAUAAAUCAAUUCUCUAGAAUUCAAGAACAGAACCUUUUGAUUCAUCUCUCUCUCGUGCUCAUAAUUCGUUAAAACUGUAAAACAAAAAAAGAAGAAGAGGGAUUAAAAAAAUGACAGGCUUCUCUGUGUCUCUUAUCAUCUCAAACUUCUCAAACGUCGCCUCGUAUCUGUCUCCGAUCUUCGACACCAUACCGUCCAAGGUUGUCCCGGCGCAGAUCGAGAAGGUUGUCUCUUUGGUCUCUCGCACCGGCAGAGACUUGCAGCGUUACGAUAACUCUGGCUACCGUCAAGUCGUCGGAUGUGUACCGUACCGAUACAAAACACAACAAGUCAACGGAACAGAAUCCAAAGAAAUCGAAGUUCUUCUCAUCAGCGCUCAAAAGGGGAAAGGAAUGUUAUUCCCAAAAGGAGGUUGGGAGAUUGAUGAGUCAAUGGAGGAAGCGGCUUUGAGAGAGACGAUCGAAGAAGCUGGCGUAACGGGAGAGCUAGAGGAGAAGCUAGGGAGAUGGCAAUACAAAAGCAAAAGACAUAACAUCAUUCACCACGGAUACAUGUUUGCUCUGCUCGUUGACCAAGAGUUCGAGCGAUGGCCCGAAGCUGAGAUGAGACAACGCAAAUGGGUGGGUUUGGAUGAAGCAAGAGAGGUAUGUCAGAAUUGGUGGAUGAGAGAAGCUCUUGAAGCAUUCGUUGACCUCAAGUGUCACAUUAAGGAGGUCGGGAUCGAAGUUUAGAGUUGGUGGGACAGAACAGAGCUUUAGACUUUAGAAACACGUCCACAGUGAUCAUUUGUUUUGGUCACAACGUCUCUUUUAUCUAGAGAUGUGGAAAAGUUUUGAUAGUUUGAAGAUUGAGAAGUCAACUUAUUAUUAGUCUUUCCUAAUUUUAUUAACUUCUUUUGUGUAUUUUGAUGAUUCAUUCAUUCUUUGAUUGUGAAUAAAUUACUAGACCUUAAAUAAAACGUUUACUAACUCAA